AUGAUGGUUUGUAGAUUUGAUCAGAAAUAUUUGAAAUUUAAUUUAAAAAAAUUUAUUUCAGGGUAUAAGGAAGAAGAUAUAUUAGAUGACCAUUGCCAACAAUUUUGUAAUCAAUGGCUCUCCUUUCUUGGUAUUCAGCCUCAUAAAACUUUGACACUGCAUUCAGCUUUCAAUUAUUUAAUUCUAAUAUUUACUCUGGCUGUAUGGAUGUAUACAUAUCUUGAAAUGAAGCAUGGAGAUUCUACUGAAGCUCUUCAUCGUAUCUGCCUUUCACUUUUAGCUUUGGGAUUAUUUUCAAUACAGUUUUUCAAACAUGAAGAGAUUAUGAGUGUAGCCAAACAAAUUGAUGACUGUUUUUCUUAUAGUAAUAGUGAUGUAAAACCAUUUUUCAAACGACGGCAAAAAGACUUAUUCACUUCUGGAAUGAAAAUAUACACUGAUCUUUUCACUAUUAUAGUAUUUACCACAUGGGGAAGUAUAUUGGCCAACCUCUAUAAAGAACAACUAUUUGUAGCGGAUGUUAAACCUCCCAUUCCCAUGAUCUUACCAAUAGAAUCAAAAUUUCUCCACUAUUUUGUAUAUUUUAGUGAAACAUGUUUUGUUGUAAUUGCUAGCAUUGCAGAUGUACUUAUGGCUCACUUAUUCAUGAUGUUCACUCUUCAGCUAACAGCUAAUUUUGAAGUUUUAUGUUUAAACUUAAAUUCCAUGAAUAGAUUCAUGAAGAAUGAUCUAGCACUGGUUCUGGAUUCAGAAAUAAUGCCAAAAAUAAAAGUUAAUAUUAGACAUCAUCAGGAAAUAUUUAAGUCAUUUAAUAGUAUAAAAAAACUGUUUGAUCAAAUCUUUUAUAUCUUAUAUUUUUCAAUGAUGAGUGCAAUAGCCAUGUGCAGAACCUUAUUGGUUGGGGACAUUGAUAUAAAACAUUUAUUACCUUUGUUUUACUUAGAAACAGGAUAUAUACACAUAUUUUGUCAUUUCGCAGAUAUGCUUGCAGAAGAGAGUGCGAAUGUUCGCAUAGCAGCAUAUUCGACACCAUGGUACACUUUUUCAAGUAAUGUCUGUACUUCUCUAAGAAUUAUGGUAAUAAGGGCAUUAAAACCACCUAAACUUUACUUCUUUAUUGGUGGAAGUGACAUUUCUUGUGCAACAUUUACUCUAAUUUUAAAUGCCUCCGUGACCUAUUUCUGUAUAAGCAUUAUGAUGGAGAAUCAAAAUUAG